CUUCCGAACUAAUGGAUGCACGUGAACGCCUCCCUGCAGGCUCUGAGUACAAUGAAGAGCGAGCGCAAAUUAAAAGUAGACUGAUGAAAAGUCUGCGCAACGAUCGCGAACAGUGGUGGGCGGCGAAGGCUAAACAGAUGGAAAAGGCAGCGGCGAUCGGUAACAGUAGACAGUUAUUUAGACUUAUUAAGGAGACUGGGGGGAAAAGAUCAACAACAGUUAGUGAGGCUAUAGCGGAGAAGGACGGAUCUGCGAUUCACUCGCAGGGGAGACGACUGGGACGAUGGGCAGAACAUUUCGAGGAGCAGUUUAACUUGCCUCCAGCCACGAUUGCGCUGCCCGCUAUCCAGUCGGAUCCUGAAUGGGACAUAGAGACAGGCCCCCCAACACUAGAAGAAGUUGAGAAAGCGGUAGGUAACCUGAAACGAGGAAGGGCAGCAGGACCAGACGGACUACCUGCUGAGGUAUACAAGAAUGGUGGUAGAAUGCUCUUAGUCAGGUUAACGGUAGUGUUAGCCAGUAUAUGGGAAUCAAAUACGAUCCUCUCCGACUGGUCUAAGUCACUCAUUGUCUUAGUCUUCAAGAAAUCAUCCUGACGAACAUAGUGUCUAAGAUCCUAGGUUCUAUAAUUCUUCGACGCCUGAGUGGAGCUCGGGAACAGCAAGCCCGAGAAAACCAGGCAGGCUUUAGACCUGGCCGUGGAUGUAUCGACCAAAUAUUCACACUGCGCCAGGUCCUGGAACAUAGGCAUGCUUACAGACGCCCGACAAUAGCUGUAUUUCUCGACCUGAAGGCGGCAUUUGACUCCGUUGAUCGAGAAGUCUUAUGGCAAUGUCUGUCACUGAAAGG